AUGAAGGCCGCAGAGAGCGAGGUCCCUGACGCGCACUUCACUGUAGAUAAACAGAACAUCUCCCUCUGGCCCCGAGAACCUCCUCCCAAGACGGGUUCGCCUGUGGUUCUGAGGAAACCUUGCACAGUUCGUGUUGUAGUUAUCGUCCUGACGCUGGUUGUGCUCGCCUCCAUCCUGAUGCAGGCUAUUCUCUAUCCCUGGGUUAUGGGCGCACUAUCAGAUAUAAAGACCAAUGCCCAACUGCUGAAAGGUCGCGUAGACAACGUCAGCACCCUGAGCUCUGAAAUUAAGAGGAAUAGAGGUGGCAUGGAGGCAGCUGGCAUUCAGGUCCAGAUGGUGAAUGCUAGCCUGGAUCACAUGCAUUCUCAGAUCCGGAGGUUGGAAACCGAUGUGAAAAAAGCCAAUGCUCAGAUCCAGAUGUUAACGAAAAGUUGGGAGAAAGUCAACAAUUUAGAUGCCCAAAUCCCAGAGUUAAAAAGAGAUUUGGAUAAAGCCAGUGCUUUAAACACAAAGGUUCGGGCACUCCAGAGCAGUUUGGAGAAUACCGGGAAGCUGCUCAAACGGCAAAGUGACAUUCUCCAGAUGAUUUCUCAAGGCUGGAAGUACUUCAAGGAGAACUUCUAUUACUUUUCCCGUGUCUCAAAGACCUGGUACAGCGCCCAGCAGUUCUGUAAGUCCAGAGAUUCACACCUGACCUCAGUGACCUCAGAGAGUGAACAGGAGUUCCUGUACAAGACAGCAGGUGGACUUGUCCACUGGAUUGGCCUGACCAAAACAGGGAGUGAGGGGGACUGGUACUGGGUAGAUGACACUCCAUUCGACAAGGUCCAGAGUAUGAGGUUCUGGAUUCCAGGUGAGCCCAACAAUGCUGGAAACAGUGAACACUGUGCCAAUCUAAAGAUGUCCUCUCUUCAGUCAUGGAAUGAUGCCUCCUGUGACAGUCAUUUCCUUUUCAUCUGUAAACGGCCCUACGACCCCCAAGAACUAUGA